AUGCCCACUCGCGCUCUGCACGCUCGCUACAAUCCUGCCGGAUUGCAGGGCUGCAUCCUUGCCCUCAAAAUGAUCGGCGGUGGCUUCUACAAAGUACGUGGUGAGCUCGGCGUGUUCGACAGCGAGCUCGGCACACACCCCGCCGUUGUCCGUGCGAUGGCCGAACCCCCGGCCAUCUAUAGAUCCUCACCCAUCCGUCCCCAUCACCCGUCCCUGCUGCUGCUCCCGCUGCCUUCAUUACCCCACAUGCCAAAUCUUCGCCCAUGGGCGAUGCAGGCAUACACAAAGGAGCGUGACACCUCGAAGAGCAUGCUCGCGCGCACCAGGGACGGCGCCAGUGCGGAACCGUAUGUCAACGGAACUGGGAGCUGGAUUGGGAGUAGGGGUGUGAAUGGCGCAGCGGAGAGCGUCACGUCGGAGCUGCAGGAGGUCGUACCAGAGUUGGAGCUGGCGGAGAUCUAG